AUGGAAGAUACCAUCCGCUUGCCGACUAUUUCAGAUGCGUCGCUGGAUUUUGAUCUGAUGGACGAGUUCUUAUCGGAAGAUGCUUGGUUAGGGAUUCCAAACUCCGCAGACUUGCUGCAACAGGGUUCCCCUUACUCUCCAAAUUCAUUUCUCUCUUCGUAUCUGAUUCCCCCCUCUAAGACAGAGACGGGGGUUUCCUACCCCGGCCACGGGGAUGAUGCUCGCCCCGCCGAUCUCGAAGCACCAGGCUCUUCCCAAUAUCCACCUGAAGUUGGAACGCCAGCUGAGAACAUGAUAGAUACACUACUCAAUCCAGGGAUUAGGGGUUUGGGUCACGACUCAGUCCAAGCAAGUGAACCUGGGGAGACUGGAACGAGCAAGAGUUUGAGUACUGAGCCAAGCGCAGAUCCAGAUCCCAUGUCCUCAUUGAAGGAGAGAGUAGUCCAGGCUGUUGGUUGGAUUAAGGAGGCCCAUAGAGAUGGUGACGUGCUGGUUCAGAUAUGGGUUCCUACCAGGAAAGAAAAUCAACAGAUUCUUACUACCUAUGGGCAACCAUUCUCUCUCAAUCCCAACUGCCAAAGGCUUUUGGACUACAGGACGAUCUCAACAAGUUACCAGUUUUCAGCUGAAGAGAACUCCGAUGAGGUCCUCGGAUUGCCCGGAAGAGUUUUUGUAGGGAAGCUGCCUGAAUGGUCUCCAGAUGUCCGAUACUUUAGUUCACACGAAUAUGCUCGGGUUAAUUAUGCUCAACAUUUUGAUGUGCGCGGCACGCUUGCACUUCCCAUAUUUGAGCGUGGUAGCCGGCCAUGCAUAGGCGUUCUAGAGGUUGUGAUGACCACAGAGAAGAUCAAUUACCGCUCUGAUCUUGAUAGCAUCUGCAAUGCCCUACAGGUGUGGUUUUUCUUCAUUGAUGUCGUCUUUCCUUUCAAGUUAUUCUUUCUAGCUUACAUGGUACGUCACGCUAUUCUCUAAAGCGAUCUUAAUGUGAUCCUUUUUGUUGAGCCUCUUCCCCCGCGCUUAGAAAAUCAUUAAAAUUCUUCAUAUCGGGCCCACCUCGUCAAUAUUGCUCAUCCCUUCUACAUUAUCUGGAGAUCUUUUACUCUGACUCAACACUUCAAUACUUGCUUUGUCUAGAUGAUCAGUCUCGAGAUCACAAUCCUUUCUCUCAAGUGAGAAGAUCUUUGGAUUAAUUCAGUGAAGCUUGUCGAGCUAAUUUGAUGUAGUUUCACUAAGUUACUGAUAUCACCGAUCCUUCCCAUCCAUUAAAAAAGUAUGUUCAUCAAAGAGUCGCAUUCGAAAUAUUUUUUGAAUAUUUCAUCAUUUUAGCUUCAUGAUGUGGGGGUGCUACCCACCAUUAAAAACUGAGGGGGAGAUGCAUAUGUUUUUUCUGCGUUGUGUAAGAGAUAUCUCCAUUCGCUCCUUCUGAGUGAUCUAUUGAUCAGAUCAGAUACCUUUUAAGAUGCUUGGGGAAACCUAUAACUUAGCCAGCGCAGUUUCAUCAAGUUAACUGUGCUUUUGUAGGCUGUUGAUCUGAGAAGCUCUGAAGUCCCCACUGUUCCCCGCAUAAAGGUAUGUGAUUAUUCUGGUGAAGUAGCCCAUGAAAUAAGUAGGGAGGAUGGGAGAAGUUAUUUUUUAUGACAUGAAUAUUUAUAUUUUUAUUUUAGUACAUUCCUCUCUCUAAAAAUUGGGCAGGGUUAUUUUGGUUCAGAUGAAAAUUGAAUCCUACGUGGCUGCUAUGCCAGAGAUAUCAGCAGUCUUGAGAGCGGUCUGCCAGACUCAUGGCCUGCCUUUAGCUCAGACCUGGGUUCCCUGCAUCCAGCAAGGUAAAAGUGGCAGUCGUCAUUCUGAUCAGAACUACAGGGGCUGCGUUUCCACUGUGGAUGGCGCUUGUUUCGUGAACGAUUCUUCUCUGUUUGCUUUCCACGAGGCAUGCUCUGAGCACCAUCUGCUUAGAGGGCAAGGCGUAGUUGGCAAGGCAUUCACAACAAAUCAGCCUUGCUUUUCAUCUGAUGUCAGUGCUUACAGCAAGACCGAGUACCCUCUCUCUCACUAUGCCAGAAUGUUUAGUCUGCGGGCCGCAGUGGCUAUCCGACUACGCGGUGUUAACUCUGGAAACUGUGACUUCGUGCUGGAAUUCUUCUUGCCGAUGGAAUGCCAUGAGGGUGAAGAGCAGAAGGUGAUACUUCACUCACUGUCCACAACCAUGCGGCAGGUCUGUCGGAGUUUUCGGGUCCUCACAGAAAAAGAGCUGCAAGAUGAAACCACUCUGCAAGUUAAUGAACAACUGGCUUCAAACAUGCUGUGCGGAGCACGUUUUGGAUUUCAUGAGGGUCAGAAUAUGAGUUUAGGCAUCUUAACUCCUGCUGCAGAAGUUCCUGAGCCGGAUCCAACGUGCACUGAAGACCUUGUAGAAGCUCUACUGAAUAAUAAUAAAGCCAACGUUCUCCGUGCUGGUUCGUCAUUGCAGUUUGAAGACCCGGAGUUGAAGAGAUUCAGUGGGACAAGUUUCUUUGGUAGACCUGACGCAGAGCUGUUGACAGAGAGCAGUAAGCCAUCAGCAGACCGCAAUCAAGGUCCAGGUGGAGAUAUUACCGGUAAAUCCGACGUUUCUAGCAAAGGGAAGGCGGCAGAAAAGAAGCGGACGAAAAUGGAGAAGACAAUCAGCAUGGAGGUCCUUCAACAGCACUUCUCUGGUAGUCUAAAAGAUGCUGCGAAGAGCAUUGGAGGUAGGCACCCACCUGCUCGUGUCCGUUUUUAUUCAUAUGUAUCGUCAUUUUGUGCACCUCCACCACACAACAUCUUAGGAAGUCCCUUGAUCAUUUCCUGACAAAUAAAGAAGAUUUCACCAUAGAUGGUAAUAUAAACCGAUUCGCAGAUCAAAAACUUUGGUUAAACGGAAAACCUUAUUUAUCAGCUUCCACUUAGACUUACUGUCUAAUUUCCUCAAACUAUCCAUGCGAGAUGAGGGCUCAUCACUUGAUGAUUUGAUUACCUGAUCAAUGACUUUACUAGGGUUCGUUAGGCCCUAGAUCAUUGUUUCUGGUCUGAUGAUAUGCCCCGAAAAGGAUUUUAUGAAAACUAUGUUUCUUAUUUAUCCCUCCCAUACCAGGGCGUGAUCAAGAUCCUGUCACAGGGGUUUCAGAAUUUCUUCCUACGGAUGUCGGAUUGUAGGCACAGAUUUCAAAUAAAAGAGACACACUGAAGUACAAUCUCAAAGCAAUUCCAUUUAAAGUAUAUAAAUUUGUUUCCAAGUAUUUAUAGCGAUUGCAGAUAUUGGAUGAGAGAGUGUUAGACCUAUUUGCCUUGGGAAUACUUUGCCAAUCAUCUUCUUACUUUUAGUUCAUAAAUGGAAUGGGAAAGCGUGGAAUCUUCUUGCCAUCCCGCCGUGUGUGUAAAGCCGAUUUAAUUUUUUUUACAAAAAAAGACAUGCAAUGUACUGGAAAUCUUCCCCUGAUUCCCUCUUUCCCUCUCAGUCUAGACUCCUUCCGCAGACACAGGAAGCCUUCGAUGUUUCUUACCACCCUCACCAGCUUAGCUGCCCACUCUGUUUUAUAUGAGUUGCUGACUUUCUCUAUCAAGCUGAAGGGGGCAUGACCCCCUUCAGCUCUAUCUACUUGUAGACUUGACUUCAUCAUUCUCCGUGGAAACAUCGAGAUAAAUAUAUAUAUAAAAAGGUAAAAAAAUAGCUAGACCCUGCACUGACUUGACAUCCGUAAACCUGCUGUGUUGCAGUGUGCCCUACUACACUGAAGAGGAUAUGCAGGCAGCAUGGGAUUUCUCGCUGGCCCUCGAGAAAGAUCAAGAAGGUGGGUCACUCCCUGAGAAAGCUACAGGUGGUGAUCGACUCCAUCCAGGGAGUCGACAGCGCCUACCAUCUCAGCUCCCUGUACUCAGAUUUCCCCAAAGCUGGUGCCCCGGAUCAAAAUGCCCAGAGAGAGCCCGGAAGGAGCUCAGAGAAACACGACGAACCUCCAGCUUCUCUCUCCAAUUCUCCGUCUUCGUCUUGCAGCCAUAGCUCCAGCUCGAGCCAGUCCUGCUCCCACAGAACGCAGGCUCCGAUAAAAGAGGAAGAGCAGGAAGGCUUCCCGGAGGAGAACCAGAGAAAGAUGCUCAAGAGAGUGCACAGCGAAGCGCAGCUUCGCCUCCCCCCCGCGGCGGAAAACCCUGGGUUUCUGAUCAAGUCCCAGAGCUUCCAGUCGCUUGGGGAGACUAAUCCCGCUCCGUACAACAGGGCCUCGGCCGGUCUACUGAGAGUGAAGGCCACCCACGGGAAGGAGAAGAUCAGACUCAGGCUGCAACCUGCGUGGAGAUUCAAGGAUCUGAAGCAGGAGAUCGCCCGGAGAUUCGGCAUCGUCCGGUCAAGCUCGAUGGAGCUCAAGUACCUUGACGACGACUCGGAGUGGGUCCUCAUGACCUGCGACGCUGACUUGCAUGAGUGCGGCGACAUCCACAGAUCUUCGGGUAUCCCCACCAUCAAGAUCUCCGUUCAGCAUCCUGCUCGUCCAAGGCCCGCCGCCGCCGCCGCCACCUCUCCGACGAGCGGAUCCUGA